AUGUAUUUUGAAGCUGAUCCUGAACUAAAAAGAAACGUUAUUCACAACCUCAACGAAGAAUAUGGCAAAGCUUUAUUAGAUGUUAACAAAUGCCUAGAACUUCGGAAUAAAUUAUUGCAAGAAAGAAAAGAAAUAGAAGAACAGUUAGAUAUUUCCAAUUCAAAGUUUACAAUAGGUGCCAGCAUAAAAGAAGGCGAAUUGUUUGUUCAAAAUACUGCAGAUGUAGUAAAUAGGUCAAAAGAAGCGGUGUCAAAAAUAAGGACUGACUUGGAAGAAAUUCAAGAAGUUAGAACAGAAAUAAAGAAUUAUUUUGAUAAAUUAAACGCCUUGCAAUGUACUCUACAAUAUUUUAAAGUUGUUCAACAUAUAGAAUGUUUAAGUGAUGAGUUACAAAUAGAAGUAGGAAAGAAAGAUGAUGAAAGGUGUGUAACAAUUUUUGCAAACUUAACAGAAAUAAGUAGGAACCUAGCAGAUUUUUGUGGGCAGAAUUUAAGGAAUUACCUAAAAGAUAAUAUUUAUUUUUGGCAUAAUAUAUUAAAAGAGAAACUUGCAAAAGAUUUUGAUGAAGUUCUGAAACUGAUUAAAUGGCCAUUUGUAAGUGCAAAUUUCUCUUUGGUUCUACCAUUACCAACACACAUUCAGAAAUUACAGACUGUUUGUGAGUUUUUGCUUCAGAUAGAAAUUCCUAGUGAGAGCAGUGUUCCUGUGGUAACUACUGCCUUAUUGUCAAAUUUCCAACCCCUAAGUCUACCUAUACAUUUAUUAGUACAGCCAUUGAGGAAACGGUUUAUAUAUCAUUUUUAUGGAGCAAGACAAACGAAUAGGGUUGAUAAACCAGAAUGGUAUUUAACUCAAAUUCUUACAUGGAUUAGAGAUCAUCAAGACUUUGUAGAGAAGUAUAUACAGCCAAUAAUUGAUAAAUUGGGAUUGUUACAUAUUGAAGCUAAGCUAGAAUUCAUCAGGGGAUUGGUUCAAAUCGCAGUGGAAAAACUGUUUUCAGACCUACCAAAUUUGCAGUUUGAUGAUUUCACAUUUUCCCAUUCAAUAGAUGAAGCUCUAGGUUUUGAUAAGGAGUUGAGGGAAACAUAUGAGUAUCCUGCCAAUCAGCCAAGUAUUUUGGUGGUCCUGACACAGGCACAAGUCUUUAUUAAAUGGUUAGCUAUGGAGAAAAAGUAUGCCACUGAAAAGAUGGAUGCUAUGUUACCACCAAACUCCAUCGAAGCUUUUGAUCCUCUCACAUCAGAUGUAGAGGACUUAAAGAUCACCACGUGUGCAGACGCGUUCAUCACUCUCCUACAAACCAUCACAGAACGUUAUGAGUCGUUGUAUCAACCAGGCCACAGAUUACAGUUCUUGGAUUUGCAACUGGAACUGCUGGACGAUUUCAGAGUGAGAUUGCUGCAGCUAGUCAAUGCCGAAGAAGGUGAUAUUAUAGAGUCCAGAAUACCUGCUAUUGCCAAUAGUAUUUAUUAUAUUGAGAAUGUAUUGAUCGACUGGGGAACUACUGUACAUUACUUAGGACUGUACCGGUAUAAAAGCCAGCUAGAAAUCGACAAACAACCAUCAUCACCUGCUUUAUCAGAUUUUGAUGAUGACCCAACCUGUGAUAAAACCGAUACAGUCUUUGCAGAAACAUUGUCUCUCUACACACAUAUGCGUAAAGAUCUUCUGCACACUCUUGCAGAAACUGUUAUAGCUGAGGUGAAGCUCAGAAGCAAGUCAUAUCGAUGUGAAAGUUGGCUGAUAAUGAAAGCAGAGAAAGAAUUUCGCAGCCUCUCCUUAACGCCUACAGCAUGCCCGAUGUUUGAGAUUCUCUCCAAGCGCCUCCACCAGCUGCAAAAGAGCCUUCAAAGCCAGAUCUUUGUGGCGGUAUGGAGAUCAAUAGCCCAACAGCUAGAUUCUUAUCUCUUCGAAGAUUUGGUUCUGGACAAUCGGUUCAGUGUUGGUGGUGCUCUUCAAUUCAAAUUUGAUAUCACAAGGAAUUUGAUUCCGUUAUUUUUGCAGUUCAGCGAAAGGCCACAGAACUAUUUUACUCAAGUCAUCGAGUCUUGCAAUUUACUCAAUUUGAGUAAAGGAAGUGCCUUAUUGUUGCGGGAAACUCUACUAGCCUUGGAAGGAGCUACCGGUAUUGAAGACACAAGAGGGAAAACGUUGAAAGAGAUAGGCGUCAGUUAUUACACACCGAAAAUGGCUGUUAGGAUAUUAAACCAAAGGGCUGAUAUAACUGUCAAUAGAAUAGUCAUAGAUUAG